CUCGCAGCCCCAUCCCUCCGGAACCGCGGGCUGCCGCCCCACGGGCGCCCCGCGGCUCACACCAUGCCCUCAGCCGCCAGCACCCCACGCGUCACCCCACGGCCCUUGGGGGCGGCGGGGGCCACCCCCUGACACUCGGGAGGGCCCAGGCUGGGCACGCCACACCUGUCCCCGACUGCCAUGCCCGCCGGCAGCUGCUCCACCCCUGCCCCGGCCCGAGGCCCAAGAUGACACCCAACAGCACCAGGGCGGCCCCCGGCCCCAUUCCCGCGGGGGUCCUGGGGCUCUCGCUCGCCCUGGCCAUCCUCAUCGUCUCCGCCAACCUGCUCCUGGCCCUGGGCAUCGCCAGGGACCGCCGCCUGCGCAGCCCGCCCGCCGGCUGCUUCUUCCUGAGCCUGCUGCUGGCCGGGCUGCUCACGGGGCUGGCGCUGCCCUCGCUGCCCGGCCUGUGGAGCCAGAGCCCGCGCGGCUACUGGCCCUGCCUCCUGCUCUACCUGGCCCCCAACUUCUCCUUCCUGUCGCUGCUGGCCAACCUCCUGCUGGUGCACGGCGAGCGCUACGUGGCGGUGCUGCGGCCCCUGCGGCCCCGGGGGAGCCCGCGGCCGGCCCUGCUCCUGGCUUGGGCCGGCCCCCUGCUCUUCGCCAGCCUGCCCGCCCUGGGCUGGAACCGCUGGGCGCCCGGGGCCAACUGCAGCUCCCAGGCCGUCUUCCCCGCCCCCUACCUCUACCUGGAGGUCUACGGGCUCCUGCUGCCCGCCGUGGGCGCCGCGGCCCUGCUCUGCGCCCGGGUGCUGGCCACCGCGCACCGCCAGCUGCGGGACAUCCGGCGGCUGGAGCGGGCCGUGUGCCGCGGGACCCCGUCCGCCCUGGCCAGGGCCCUGACCUGGCGCCAGGCGCGGGCCCAGGCCGGGGCCACGCUGCUCUUCGGGCUCUGCUGGGGGCCCUACGUGGCCGUCCUGCUGCUGUCCAUCCAGGCCUACGAGCAGCGGCCCCCGCUGGACCCGGGCACCCUGCUGGCCCUCGUCUCGCUGGGCAGUGCCAGCGCGGCCGUGGUGCCCGUGGCCAUGGGGCUGGGCGACCAGCGCUACACGGCACCCUGGAGGGCGGCCGCCAGCCGCUGGCUCCGGGGCCUGCGGGGAACAGCCUCCCGGGCCAGCCCCGAGCCCGGCCCGGCCCACCACACGGCCAGCCUGGGCAGCACCGACCUGCCUUGAGCCAAGGGGAGGGCCCCUGCUCUUCCUGGGAGUCUCCGUCCCUCCCGCCUGCUGGACCCCCCACCCUGCACCCCAACACUCUCAGAAUAAAGCGCCUCCGGCCGCUGGGUCGUACCUGGUUCCUUAUCUCGGAAGCGAGAAGCGGCAGGCGAGGCCCCCCCCCAACCC